GCGGGGGAUGUAAAGUUGAAGGUUUGUAAUAAUGUACAGCGCAGAAAACUCAAAUGGGUUAUUUCACAAUCUAAAGCGUGUAUAUAUAAUGCUAGUUUAUAAAGAGUACCUUCCCUGCAGAACGUUCCGGAAUGUAAAUUUGUAGGUCGAGUUUCAAACUGGUUUUUUGUUUUAUUUUAUCCGAGCUGAACCUCAUUCAACUGGUUACCUCUUUCUGAGUCUCUUUAAUGAAGCUUAUAAAUGGAAAAAAGCAAACAUUCCCAUGGUUUGGCAUGGAUAUCGGUGGAACACUGGUUAAGCUGGUCUACUUUGAACCGAAGGAUAUUACAGCCGAAGAGGAACAAGAGGAAGUAGAGAACCUGAAGAGCAUCAGGAAGUACUUGACUUCUAAUACCGCUUAUGGGAGAACUGGGAUCCGAGAUGUCCACCUGGAACUGAAAAACCUGACCAUGUGUGGGCGCAAAGGGAACCUGCAUUUCAUCCGCUUUCCCAGCUGUGCUAUGCACAGAUUCAUUCAGAUGGGCAGCGAGAAAAACUUCUCCAGCCUUCACACUACUCUCUGUGCCACGGGAGGUGGGGCUUUCAAGUUCGAAGAGGACUUCAGAAUGAUUGCUGAUCUGCAGCUUCAUAAACUGGAUGAACUGGACUGUCUGAUUCAGGGCCUGCUUUAUGUCGAUUCUGUGGGCUUCAAUGGCAAACCGGAAUGUUACUAUUUUGAAAAUCCUACAAAUCCGGAAUUGUGUCAGAAAAAGCCGUAUUGCCUUGACAAUCCAUACCCUAUGUUGCUGGUUAACAUGGGCUCAGGUGUCAGCAUUCUAGCAGUGUACUCCAAGGACAACUAUAAAAGAGUUACAGGGACCAGUCUUGGAGGUGGAACAUUCCUAGGCCUAUGUUGCUUGCUGACUGGUUGUGAGACCUUUGAAGAAGCUCUGGAAAUGGCAGCUAAAGGCGACAGCACCAAUGUUGAUAAGCUGGUGAAGGACAUUUACGGAGGAGACUAUGAACGAUUUGGCCUUCAAGGAUCUGCUGUAGCAUCAAGCUUUGGCAACAUGAUGAGUAAAGAAAAGCGAGAUUCCAUCAGCAAGGAAGACCUCGCCCGAGCCACUUUGGUCACCAUCACCAACAACAUUGGCUCCAUUGCUCGGAUGUGUGCCUUGAAUGAGAAUAUUGACAGAGUUGUGUUUGUUGGGAAUUUUCUCAGAAUCAAUAUGGUCUCCAUGAAGCUGCUAGCAUAUGCCAUGGAUUUUUGGUCCAAAGGACAGCUAAAAGCUCUCUUCUUGGAACAUGAGGGUUAUUUUGGAGCUGUUGGGGCACUGCUGGAACUGUUCAAAGUGACUGCUGACCAGUAAAGAUAAGCAGCGGGGGAACAGCCUCCCGUGAGAACUGCUGCUGGAGGAGGUGAAAGCCACUGUGGGCAUGGAAGCCAAGCCAUUAUGGCAGUUCAACCUGCUGGAUGUGUAAAUAAUUUAAAAUCCUUCUAGCUGAUCUUUCACUCUUGGGUUUUGAGCUUAUGAUUCAAAAUGGGGAAUACAAGAGUUUUUCUGUAUACUGUAUUUAAAACAAAAAUUUGUGCAGCGUGGCCAAACCUACCAAUUUUAUGCAUUAACUUUGAAAAGUUGUAUGAUGUUUAAGAAGGACCUGAAAUGUAAGAGCUGUUUAUUUUUCUUCUGGGGUUUACUGAUCAGUGUGGUAAUUUUAACUUCGUUUAGUAAUUACUCUAGGAGAUUUUACCUUUACUUAUAUUUUUCAUGACGUUUCAUGAUUUGCUGUUGGUUUCAAAUGAAACUACAAAUCUGGCAGGUUUUACUGUGAACACUGUUUGUUUGCAUUUUUUGUCUUGUUUUUCUGUUUGAAUGUCUUGUGAUAAAAGAGAGUCCUUCACCCCACUUCUGUCCUUGGGUGAUCUCUCCUACCCCACUGACCCAAAUGAUAACCUUACUUUAACAUAAUCUCUCAUAUUAACCAAGGUGCUGACCAACUCAAUACAAAGUUAAUCACGAGAUCUAAAGCUCUCGAAAGUGCCCAAGAAGAAAAGACUCUGAAUAUGUUACUGAAUUUAAUGAGUCUGGCAAACAUUGAAAAUCAUAUGCAAUUCUGUCUUAUCCUUUGUGAAUAUAACAGAGUUUUGUUGGAUUUAUUUUAUGUUAGGUUAUAUUAAAUCGAAAUGCUCUGUGAUGAAAUGUCCUCAUCCAUGCAUAGCAUACAAUGGCAGCAAAUCCUUGUUUACAGGAGGUAAUUAAUUGUUCACAUCAGGAGGUUUAGGGGAAAUCAUGGAUUCAGCUGUCAGGUAGUAAUAGCUAUUUUUUGUGUACAUGUAUGUACCUAGGAGCUUUGUAAAAAGGCAUCUUAUAAAUAAUGUUAACUUUUUUCAUUUUUAAUAAUUUACACUUAAAUCUGUACUUCAAUCCCAGUUUCUAAAAUUAAAAAAAAAUUACAAUACUGAUCUUUUUUUUUUUCUCCCUCUUUGAAGACUCCAUAGGGACUGAUGGGUAACAUUCAAAUGAGGGUCUUGUACAAAUAUUGGAACACAUUAAGAACUAGUGAUUUAGAACAAACUGAUCUUUUGGAUUGAAUGUAUUGUUGAAAGGGAUUUUUGAAAGGCAGUACAGUUGUCAAUGAUGAAUCUUUUCUUUCUGCCUUCUGAGCACCAUCUUUAACGUUAUACCUUUAAGUCUUGAAGAAGUUGAUGCUGAUUGAAGUAUUCACUUGUCUGGUUGAAAUAAAGCCCGUUUUUGUUGUGA